AUGUCUUCACUUACGUUGUGUUGUUUGCUUCUGUUAUUUGGUUUGUCAUGUGAAGGUAGGGAGAUUCUGGUGGGAGGCAAGUCUAACACAUGGAAGGUUCCAGAAUCUAAGGCAGGGGAGACACUAAACCAUUGGUCGGAGAGAACAAGAUUCAAAGUUGGAGAUUCUCUCUUGUGGAAAUACAAUGCGGAGAAUGAUUCAGUGAUACAAGUGAGCCAAAAAGAUUACGAGAGAUGCGACAGAUCAGAGCCUAUAAGAGGAUACAAAGAUGGACACACGAAGAUAGAGCUAAAGCGAUCAGGUCCUUUCUACUUCAUAAGUGGAGAAGAAGGACAUUGCCAGAGAGGAGAGAAGCUUGUUGUCGUUGUCUUGUCUCCAAAUCACAACAGAAGCAAUGUGACGGCUACUCCUGUUAGUCAUCCUGUAAACGCUCAGAUCACAGCCAAGGGAAGUGGUCAUCGCCUGAACGGAGCAUGGAGUUCCAUUGCAACAGCUUGUUUGCUUCUUCUUCCAUUAGGCGGCCUUUUGGUUUAG